AUGGCUGUCGGAACAUGCAGGGCUCGCUACGCGGUGGUGGUCCUCCUCGUGGCGUACCUAUGUACAAGCUUCGCGCGAGAAGUCGGGUGGCGGCGCCAGCGUCGCGACGUGGACCUGGAGGCCGCUGCGUCGGAGCACGAGCACCACGAGGAGAAAGGCGGUGGUAAGAAGCACGACGAGGAACACCAUGAACACCACGACGAGAAGGGGGAGAAAGGCCACAAGGGAGAUGAACACCACCACGAGGGCGAGCAUGGGGAGCACGAUAAGGAGGAUCAUCAUGGACACCAUGAGGAACAUGGCGGCCACGAGAAGAAGCAUCACGAUGAGAAGGGCGAACAUGGGGAACAUCAUGAACACGGACAUGGCCACAAGGGAGGGAAGUUUGACGAGAAGAAGGGCCACAAGAAGGGGCACAAGACGAGCGGGUAUCAUCAUAAGGCUCACAAGGACGAGUACCACAAGGAGCACAAGUUCUAUGAUGACUAUCACAAGGGAGGACAUCAUGAGAAGGACGGACAUCAUCACGGGCAUCAUGGCAGCAAAGAGGGACACCACAAGAAGGGUGGCCACCAUCAUUCUGGGCAUCACGAAGAUCAUCACGGGAAAAAGGGACACCAUGAUAAAGGACAUCAUGAUGAGGACCAUAAGGGACAUCAUGGGAAACAUGGCCACGAGGAGCACCAUGAUCAUCACGAACAUUAUGGCAAGAAGGGUGGUCAUCACCAUGGAAAGAAACACGGAUAUAGCCACGGAAAAGGAGAUCGCUGA